AUGACAUCUCUUAGCAGAGGGACUGCAAUCUUUGGUGUCUGUACAGUUGGGGAAUAUUAUCCCAUUGCUGUGACGUCUUCGAGUAACAGGCAUGGCCUUUUAAUCAUGGCAGCCAAGUAUAUAAUUGCUUCUUUAGCUGGAUCAUUUGCAAUUGCAUUUGCCUGUGACCAUUUGAUUGCCGACAAGAAGAUUUUUGGAGGUACUACGCCACAUACUGUAGCAAACAAGGAAUGGUGGGAAGAGACCGAUAAAAAGUUUCAGGCAUGGCCUCGCACUGCUGGUCCUCCAGUGGUCAUGAACCCCAUCAGCCGCCAAAAUUUCAUCGUGAAGUCCAGUGCUGAAUGA